GGGGCGGAGGCGGCGGACGCGGAGGCACCUCGGCCGGCCCGGGUGCUGCGGCGGCGUCCUCUAGCCUGCGCUCGGCUGUCGCGGGGCCUGGCAGCCAUGCCCCCCACGCCCCCGGGCCCGCUGGGCGACUGCCUGCGGGACUGGGAGGAGCUGCAGCAGGACUUCCAGAGCAUCCAGGAGACCCACCGGCUGUACCGUCUGAAGCUGGAAGAGCUGAUCAAACUGCAGAACAGUUGUACCAGCUCCAUCAGUCGGCAGAAGAAGAAGCUCCAUGAGCUGGCGCUCGUCCUAAAGAAAUGCAAACUCUCCCUCCCAGUGGGGGUCCAGGAGGCUUCGAAAGAGCUGGAGAACCAGAUCAAGGAGCGCCAAGGUCUCUUCUUCGACAUGGAAGCCUAUUUGCCCAAGAAGAAUGGGUUGUACCUGAGCCUGGUUCUGGGCAACGUCAACGUGACACUCCUGAGCAAGCAGGCUAAGUUUGCCUACAAAGAUGAGUACGAGAAGUUCAAGCUCUACCUCACCAUCAUCCUCAUCCUCAUCUCCUUCACUUGUCGCUUCCUCCUCAACUCCAGGGUAACAGACGCUGCCUUCAACUUCCUGCUGGUCUGGUAUUACUGCACACUGACCAUCCGAGAGAGCAUCCUCAUCAACAAUGGCUCUAGGAUCAAAGGCUGGUGGGUUUUCCAUCAUUACGUGUCCACGUUCCUGUCGGGAGUCAUGCUGACAUGGCCCGAUGGCCUCAUGUAUCAGAAGUUCCGGAACCAAUUCCUGUCCUUCUCCAUGUACCAGAGCUUCGUGCAGUUCCUGCAGUAUUACUAUCAGAGCGGCUGCCUGUACCGCCUUCGGGCUCUGGGCGAGAGGCACACCAUGGACCUCACUGUGGAGGGCUUCCAGUCCUGGAUGUGGCGCGGCCUCACCUUCCUGCUGCCCUUUCUUUUCUUUGGACAUUUCUGGCAGCUCUUUAACGCGGUGACGUUGUUCAGCUUGGCCCGGGAUCCUGAGUGCAAGGAGUGGCAGGUGCUCAUGUGCGGCCUCCCCUUCCUCAUCCUCUUCCUUGGCAAUUUCUUUACCACCUUGCGGGUUGUGCACCAGAAAUUCCACAGUCAGCGGCACAGGAGCAAGAAGGAUUGAGGCUGGGUCUUCUUUCUGCCCACUGGCCCGGAAGGGGCUUCUGUACCCCAUGUAUUGUUUUAGGAGGCGGGACUCCCUCGUCCAGAAGGUCUUUCUGCUCUUUCUGGGUUUUGUGGGCUCUGUGGGCCCCAAAGGCUGUGCUGGAGAAAAUCUGGGCCUGUGUCCCAGCCUGCGGCAAGCUGGGGGCCAGUGGCCUUAAUAAAGGAAGAG